AUGUUUAUCGAUAAUGAGCGAGGGAACAUAUUGGUUGCUGCUAAUGAAGACACUCGAUUUGAAGAUUUUGUGAAAAUCAUACUUGAGGAUUACGGAGUAGAUUUUGCAGAAAACGAUUUGGACCUGAGGUACGUUUUGCCGAAGCGGAAUCUACAAAAACAAAGCAACGAUACACCACCUGUGAAAAUAGGAAAUGAUCGGCAGUUUCAUGCAUUCUUGGGUCUUUGCAAAGUUGAGAAUGUUCGAGUAUGUGUAGAGUUUAAAGUGAAAAAAAAUGUUGGGGAAAGAGCUGUCGAAGAUCAGAAACAACCCUUAGAAAGAGAUGACCUGUUGUGUGAAGACGAAGAAGAUACAGACGAAGAGGGUGAUCGAUUUGAUUACUGUGAUGAUUCUGAUGGAGCGACAUCCGAUGAUGAAAACUUUUCUACAUACGGUCUUCCACCAAACCAUGUAGAAGAAGCCCCGGGAUCUUGCACCAAUAUGAUUUAUGCUAGACUCCUUAAAACACAAGAAAGAGAGUCUCCAAAGAGUAUUGAUGAUUUGCGCUCAUUCAAAUUUGCAGUGGGGCAAAGUUACGAUUCAAAAGAUGAAUUGGAGACACGUCUGAAGAUACAUUCGGUUGUCAAACGUUUCGAUUUUGAUGUGGAUAGAUCUACAACAAAAUUGUUUCGUGUUAAAUGUUGGUUAGCAGGUUGUACGUGGAAUCUUAGAGCUUCCCCAGUAGGUGAGUCUUCAAAGUUUACUAUCCGAGUAUAUGUAGAUGAACAUACCUGCUCUGUAACAGAACGUUCAUCUCGUUCCCGACAAGCUACCCCUGAAAUUCUUGGACUCUUGUGCAAAGACUAUGUUGGUGGGGUUGAAUCAUCUGUUUUGCCACGUCAUGUUUCUAGUGCUAUGAAUUUGAGCUUUGGAACCAAGAUGGAUUACUGGAAAGCUCGCCGUACACUUAUAGCUGCUAGAGAUCUCGUAAUGGGUUCUUCACAGAAUGGAUAUCAGGAAUUACCUACUUACCUGCAGAUGAUUAGAAUGUCAAAUCGAGGAACUUUAACUCAACUGGAAGUUGAUACAAAAAACAGAUUUAAAUACUUAUUCCUUGCAUUCGGCGCUAGCAUUGCUGGCUUUCCAUUUAUGAGGAAGAUUGUGGUGGUUGAUGGAACGUUUUUGCAAGGAAAAUACAAAGGAACGCUUCUGAUUGCAACAUCACAGGAUGAUAAAUUUCAAAUCUUUCCAAUUGCGUUUGCUGUGGUUGACACAGAGAAUGAUGAAUCAUGGACAUGGUUUUUCCGCCAACUCAGCCGUGUGAUACCAGAUGAUGCAGGAUUGGCGUUAAUCUCUGACAGGCACAAGUCAAUAGAGAAAGCUAUUGCAGUGGGCAAGAUACCUACUUCUAAUGUACUAAAGGUUCAAGCAAUAGACAGCCAUCAAUCACAAGUGACAGGAGUCUCAUCAUUACAUGUUGUAAAUCUGAUUGAGAAGACAUGUUCUUGCCGUAGAUUUGAUUUGGAGAAGCUACCAUGUGCCCAUGCUAUAGCCGCCGCGGAAGCUAGAAAGAUAUCACGUAUAUCACUUUGUCACCGUUACUAUCGGAAGUAG